UCCAUUUUAGCUUUACAAAAUAGAAACCACCCCUUGUUACCCUUAAUUACUUUGCAUGGCGCCGAGGGACAAGACGGCGGCCGUUAAACCUGGCGGUAACUGCGGCGCCGGCGCUGCUGCUGGGGCUAAGGAGGUGCAUUUUAGGGGAGUGAGGAAGCGGCCUUGGGGCAGAUACGCUGCUGAGAUCAGGGAUCCUGGAAAGAAGAGCCGAGUCUGGCUUGGAACCUUCGACACGGCUGAGGAAGCCGCUCGUGCUUAUGACGCCGCCGCCCGCGAAUUUCGGGGCGCCAAAGCCAAGACCAACUUCCUGAUUGCGAGCGAAAAUGUGAACAAGAUUGUUAUGGCGAACAAGAAGAAUGAUACUGGCGCUAAUAACCAAAGCCCCAGCCCCAGUAGUACUGUGGAGUCGUCUAGCCGGGAAACGCCUGCUUUGAUGAUGGAAUCCUCCUCUCCAUUGGAUCUUAAUCUCUGUCCAUCCGCUGCCGUGAGGCUCCCCUUCCAGUCUGUGCCGGCGGUUGGCGGUGCUUUUACGGCACCGGUGAUGAAUCAUCAACAUUUGCUUUAUUUCGAUGCGAUGAUGAAGAGUCAGUAUCAGAGACUGUUGUUUGAUCAUCAACAUCUUAAUCAUCAGGCGAUGUCCACUGCUGGAAAUGGUCGUCGUGGUGGUGCGAGUGGAGCUGUCCAGAGUGAUUCCGAUUCAUCCUCCGUUGUUGAUUUGAACCAACAUGAAGUCAAUCCACCACGAAAAUCUCUUGAUUUCGAUCUCAAUCUCCCUCCUAAACCAGAAAUCCUCUGAUUUUUUUUCUUGGCCGGAGAUGACCCUUUUUAAUAAUUCUUUUCCGUUUCUCUUGGAAAAUUUCCCCCCUUUUUUUCUCAGAUAGGGAUUAAAAUUAGACUACAAAAAAAUCCGCAACACCCC